AUACACCACUGGUACUAAAGUGACUGCGAUCGCUGAUAAGACCAGUUGGUACUUUGAAAUAACAGUGCACGGAACAGAAAGGCCAUUUAAAUGAUCAUAGGAGUUUGGAUUCCACUGGCGAUUCUGUGCAUGAUUCGAGUGUCAGAAUGCCUAGAGUGUUAUAGUUGUCAAAACAUUGCUGACCCCGAUGAGUGCAGAAAUACUUCAGAGUGUUCCAGUGGACAAUCCUGCUCUCUACAAACAUUCCAAGCUGGCUCCGUUUUACACUUCAACAUGGGAUGUCAAACCAAUCAGUUAUGCAGUUCCUCAGCUGUUGGCCAAAACAGUAUCAUUGGACGCUCCAGUCAGACCAGACGGCAGUCCACAUGCCAUGAAUGCUGCAGUGCUGACCGCUGCAAUACAUACCUUUGUGCUCAUAGGAAACCUUCCGAGUGCACUGACGACGAAAAGCUCGACUGUGCUUUGCUGAACUCCCUUUUUAACGUCUGCGCAGAUGUUCAUCACGCCAAAAUCACGUGUCCAAAGUUCUGUGGCCUUUGUCAGCUCGUUGAUGGGAACUGGGCGGAAUGGGCAAGUUGGUCUUCGUGCAGUACAACGUGCGAAAAUGGAAAGCAGUCAAGGGCACGCUCUUGCACAAACCCGCCGCCUAGCAACGGUGGUCUUAAUUGCACCGGACCAGCUGUUGACUGGAAAAUAUGUACAAAUCAGCUGUGUCCAGUACAUGGUAAUUGGUCAGAUUGGUCCACAUGGUCUGAUUGCUCGGUUACCUGCGAUGUUGGACUACGAAAGAAGACAAGAACCUGCACCAAUCCAAGACCAGACAGAUUUGGAGAUAAUUGUUAUGGCGAUGCUAGCGAGUAUACCGUUUGCCAAAAGGACACCUGCAUUAAUCCAGUGCACGGAAAUUGGUCAGACUGGUCAACAUGGUCCAGUUGUUCCGUUACAUGCGAUGUUGGACUUCGGAAGAGAACACGAACCUGCUCCAAUCCUAAACCAAACCGAUAUGGAGACUAUUGUGUCGGAGAUCAGAGCGAGAAUAUAGUUUGCCUUACAGAACCAUGCAACACAACAAAUGGCGUUUUGUCGAGCUGGGGAUCAUGGCAGAGCUGUUCUGUCACAAUGUGCAGAAAGGGCCAUGCAGUUGCCUUCAACGCUCACGGACUCAAAGUGGUAAAUUAUGUCAAUGUAUUUCCAACCGUGAUCUUCAACGAAGGGAAUGCCUAUAACAACAGCACUGGAUAUUUCACAGCUCCUGUGGACGGGAUAUACUACUUUACCGUCCAAAUCUGCUCUCAAGCUAAUAAUUACAUUUACUUUUUCUUGGAGAAAGGCCGCAGCCGCGUUGAAAACUGGGAGCGUCUCACAGCUUCCAUUCAAUCCAGUUCUGGCUACAGUUCAUGUGCAUCGGCCUCAAGCCCUGUCAAGCUGACCCGGAAUGAGCACGUGUGGGUGCAUAUGCUUAAUCAGUACACCCCAUUGCAUAUAUAUGCAGAUGGUCAGGAUGUUUGGAUUUCAUUUACUGGGACGUUGAUCCAAGAGCUGUAAAACAUUCGUGAACUCGUUUAAGUUACUUAGUAAACUAAAUGAAUAGGAAGUGUGUAAUACAUACAUUAAAAGUA